ACGACGGACGCCCAACGUUAGCAUUCUCGCCGAGUCCUCCCACGACAUAUACCUCCGACUUCACGAUGGCGGACACUCAGAAGGAUGUGCUGUUCAAGACCGUACAGAUCGAUGCUUUGGUUGCGAUUAAAAUCGCCACUGCUAGCGGCAAGUCGUUCCCUUCGAUCGCGACUGGCAGCAUAGUCGGUAUGGAGAAGAACAGUGUCUUGGAGAUCACAAACUCUUUCCCCUUCCCCGACGUCUCUCCCGCACAGGCCGAUGGACAGAAUGAGACCGCCGCAAACCUCGCCGCAGCCGCCCCUCGCGCCAAGCAGAACAUCGCCUACAGCAACGAGAUGAUCAAAUUCCUUCGUGAAGUCAAUGUGGAUGCGAACAACGUGGGCUGGUAUACCAGCACAAGCAUGGGCAACUUUGUCAACCUGAACACAAUCGAGAACCAAUACUUCUACCAGAGCCAGCCAAACGAGAGGACUGUCGCCUUGGUCUACGACGUGAGCAGGAGCUCGCAAGGUACCCUGAACUUGCGCGCAUAUAGGCUGUCGCCUUCCUUCGUGGCGGCAUACAAGGAGGGCAAGUUCACAACUGAGAGUCUACAAAAGAGCGGUCUUCGCUACCACGACAUCCUAGUCGAGCUCCCAGUAACCAUUCACAACUCGCACCUCCUCACCUCUCUUCUCCACCAACUGCCGUCGAGCGCACCAAAGGAGGAGCUCAAGUUCCCACCCAACCUAGCUGCUCUGCAGCAAGACCCUAACAUCCCUCAGCCACCUCUGUUUCCCAACUACGACUCGCUUGAUCUCUCGAUCGACCCAUUCCUGGAGAAGACGUGCGAUCUACUCCUCGAGAGCAUCGAGAAUCACCACACUGAGAUCAACAACUAUCAAUACUACCAGCGAUCUCUCGCUCGCGAGCAGGCUAAGAUUACCGCCUGGCAACAAAAGCGCAAAGCAGAGAAUGCUGCGCGCACUGCCUCCAAGCAGUCGCUCCUCCCUGAAGACGAGUGGCAGAGACUAUUCAAGCUGCCCCAAGAGCCAAGCAGACUGGAGACGCUCCUCAACUCGAGGCAGGUGGAGCAGUACUCAAGACAAGUGGAUGGUUUCACGGCAGGCGUCACGUCCAAGAUGUUUGCUGUUAAGAGCAAUUUGCUGCCUGGAGAGUAAAUGGGGAUGGGUUUGGUUGUGUUUAUGAUUAUGCUUCUCUUCGUCACGGCAUGGGCAUGGCGUUGCGGGUUAGCGGUUCCUUUAACGGGACUGGGUUUGAUCUUUUAGACGAGAGAAAAAGGGCGGAUAUGCGAAGAGAUGUUUGUAGCGUGUGCUUGAGUGUCGAGAUGACCCAAAGUUGGUGGUGCUGCCAAAGCGUUGAAGCUCAAGGGCUGCCCAGUCAGGCGGCUGAAUGCUGUUCUAGGCGUGCAGCUGGACAAUUGCCACAUACAGAGCUGAAUCAGACAAAGAAGUAAACAAGAUAGUGUCGCAACUCAGACUAGGGACUCUGCAUGUGAAGCGCGUGUCUCGAGCUGGAAUACAUACAUACAUAUA